ACAUAACAAAACAACACAAUCAGUUCGUUCUUAAAAUCCACAGAAUCAUGAUCGUCUUAGACUGGAAGAGAGCGAUCUUAAUUAUCAAAAGAUAACGCAUUUUCUCAGAUAAGAUUAUUGAAGUCUGUUCUCAAUUGUGUUCUUCUGAAAUAUGUGAAAUAGGUAAAGGUGAAUUGCGGUUGAGUGAAUAAUUGAAAAAAUGAAAUUGAUUGAAUCGAAGAUCUUAGCUUCGGUUAUUCUCGGCGUCGGUAGCAUAAUAUUCGGCUUUUUGCCCCUUUGUUUGACAAAUAACCGAAAUCAAAGAUCAUUGUUUUUAUCUUGUUUGUUAUGCUACGGGGGAGGUGUUUUAUUGUCGACGUCUCUGACGCAUAUGCUGCCGGAAAAUAGGAAAAAACUAAAAGAAUAUGAACAAUUCGCAGAAAUUAUUUUCUGUAUGGGAUUCUUCCUGCUUUAUAUUGUUGACGAAAUUGUUCAUUUUAUAUACGGGGGGGCACACAGCCAUUCUAUUUUGAGUAAGCGUAGUUCCGCUAAAGAAAACACGAGAUCUCCAAAUUCCGUUCGUUAUGGUGCGACUGAAAGAACUCCACUGAAGCCACAGCCUCCUUACAAUCCCUCUUUCAGCAGAGGAAAUGCCGCUGAUUUUUUAUUUAAUGAAGAGGAAUGCUCGCACUCUGCUGAUCACAAUCAUGAAGAUUCCCCAUCGCAGUUAUGUCACGUCGGACAUCAAGAACCAUGCGAAUCUUCUGCUCCAGCUAUUAAUUUUGGAUUGGUGAUUGCGCUGACCCUACAUUCCUUUCUGGAAGGACUAGUUGUUGGAUUAGAAGGUACUACAACAAAAGUUUUGCUCUUGCUUGGAGCAAUUUCUUCUCACAAACUAGUAGUUGGUUUUUGUUUAGGUUUAGAACUAGCCGCCAACACCACAACAUGGCGACACAUGAUUGGAAUAUUGGUUUUUUCAUCUGGAUCUGUUGCCGGAAUAAUUGUUGGAGCAUUCAUUUCUAACAUUCAGAAUACUCUUUCGGAUCAGUUGAUGGCAGUAUUACAAGGAUUGGCGGGAGGUACUCUACUUUACGUAACCCUCAGUGAAAUUAUUCCUAGAGAAAGGGCAAGAUGGCACAAGGAACAUCAAAGAAGAGCUGCUGGAUUAUAUCAGCUCUUAAAUAUAGGAUUAGGUUUUACAAUGAUGACUAUUAUGGCACAUUAUCUUGAUGCAGACUAAGAAAGUUAUCUCAUGCUUGGUGAUACAGAGAAGACAGCUAUGUGUUUUAUAUUAUUAUAAUGAUAUAAGUCAACCUAUGAAAAACAAUUUAAAUAAAGGAACUUGUAAAUCAA